AUGGCAGCCACCAGAAAGCUGAAGUCCCUGUUGUGGCCGGGAAGAUGGAGCUGUCAACCGGGAGGAAUCCUGUUCUUCCGGGCACUUGCUGUUCAGAUUCCCAGAGUGUCCCAGGAAAAUAAUGAAUUAGAUUUCCUGGGAAAGAAACCACAUCGUAAGCACCCUGGCAUCUUACAGUUGUCCCAGGUAAAGCUACCACAGGCUCUGGUCACUGCAGCCCAAUGUCUAAUACAGAAAACCCCUAUACCCAACAUAGAAAAGCAGGUUCAGACACUCACUAACUACCUUUGGAGUCGGAAGCUUCCUACAGAACCUGAGGAGCUGCGCAAAAAAGCAAUACAACUGAAAAGUAAAUUCCAAGAGGAUGCAGGGUCAUUACAGUCAGAAGAACAGCUUCAUGGAGCUGUUCUGAGAGCCCUACGCAAAACCACCUACCACUGGCAAAGACUGAGCUAUGAUGAAAUGCUGAGCCUGGUAUACAUGGCAGCACGACUGGAUGGUGGCUAUGCAGCUAUUUCCAGAGCUUUCCAUGAGAUCCAAGCUCGUGUUCCAGACUUUAAGCCACAAACUUUGAUGGAUUUUGGCUCAGGUACCGGUUCUGUUACUUGGGCUGCUUAUAGUACCUGGGGCCAGAGCCUUCGUGAAUAUUUGUGUGUGGACAGCUCAGCUCCCAUGCUGGCCUUGGCAGAAAGGCUUCUGAAAGGUGGCUUAGAGUCUGGGAAACCCCAUAUUCCAGGAGUCUUUUUUAGACAGUUUCUCCCAGUCUCACCAAAGGUACAAUUUGAUGUGGUGGUGUCUGCUUUCUCUCUAAGUGAGUUGCCCAGCAUUGCUGAUCGAACUGAAGUCAUCCAAACCUUAUGGCGUAAGACAAGCCACUUCCUGGUUUUGGUGGAGAAUGGAACAAAAACUGGACACCAUCUCCUCAUGGAUGCCAGGGACCUAGUCCUUAAAGGACAAGAGAAGUUUCCCUUAGACCCUCGACCUGGACGUGUCUUCGCUCCAUGCCCCCAUGAACUUCCCUGCCCCAAGCUAUCUGCUUCUCAGCCCCAGCCCUGCAACUUUUCCCAAGCAUAUAGCACCAUUCCUUUUAGCUGGAACCAUAGUCAUAAGGAAGAGAAGUUUUCUCUUCUAAUCCUGAGCCGAGGCCUCCCAGGGGAAUAUCAUCAAUGGGCCCGUCUCACCCAACCUGUUCUUAAACGGCCUCGCCACGUACAUUGCCACCUGUGCUGCCCUGGUGGGCAUCUCCAACAUGUUGUGGUUACUGCUCGACGACAUGGCAGAGACUUAUAUCGCUGUGCUCGCGCUAGUAGCUGGGGAGAUCGCUUGCCUUUGACCACUUCACCUGAGUUUCCUUCAUCUUCUGUUCAAGAUCUUUCUGACAGCUGAUGAGAGAUCAUAGGAGUAGUUGACCGACACCUCCCAGCUUUUGCUGUCCUUGCCAGAAAUGAAGCUUCCUAGACAUUCAUGAUAGGGGUACCAAAUACCCUCUGACUUUGAACUGAAUUAAUUUUUUUUAAGAGCUAGAAAAAAGAAUUGUGGUGUGAUUCUUAGAAGGAAAGAAUUCAGGGUUUCCUUCACUGAAGUUUUGACCUGCCAUGAUAAUAAAAUUUAA